AACCAAUUAUUAUUAAGAACCUUAACCUUUGUAGACAGACAGACCCAAGCUGUUUUCCCUCCAUUCUUGAAAAAAGCGUUGGGAGCAGUUUUUCCCAUUCUCACAAAAAUCAAAAUCUAUUUUUUAUGCCAAACAGGAUGGAAAAAGAGGUUCCCCCGGCAAUCACCAACUCGUGGCAAAAGCAAAACCAGGAGUUGCAGGGUAAAGGUGAAGUGGAAAAGGAAGAGGCUUUGCCUCUCAGCGUUACUUCCAAGGUUUUGUACAUGUUGGGAGACAUCACAGCAGGGCCUGCGUUUAUGUUCGCGCAAUGGCUCCAAUUAGUUCGUAAACGCACUUCCAACUAUCGCUCCUCUGGCUUCCCACACCGUCCUUCCACCAUGCCUUCUAGCCCGAGAGAAUCUAUUGAGGAUGCAAAAAUUGAUCCGCAAACUGAAAUUAGUCUGUGGGAGAGGCUUGGUAAAGCUGAGAUGUUGGACAUUGAAUCAAGUUCCUUUUCUUGGGAUAGGCUCUCUUCACUUCACCAUACUGAACAUACUAGCAGCAAUGAACAUUCUGAGGAUGAAAUGAACAAAGCUCUUGAGGUAACAGUAAAUUCUGGAGGGGUGGUCUUUUUUGCCUUUUUCAAUGGCAUUGGAAGUGAUGAUGUUUUUUCAAAAGAAGCAGCAGCUGUUAUAAAGAUAUCUUCUUCAAGAAUGGCCACACAAUCUGAACGCCUUGGUUAUGAAUUUGCCAAGUGGUUGGGAGUCCAAACUCCGCAGGCUAGAGUCAUCCACAAUACCAGUAUAGAGUGGAUCCAAAUAAAGGAAGCUACAGAAAAAGCAAGAGAUGCAGCAAUUUGUGCAGGUGAUGAAAUUGGUGAAAUGACAUGCACAGAACUUUUGGAAGCACUUGAGCUUAGCCGAUGUCUCAUGUUUAUGAGUUAUGUGCACGGUUCACCCUUGCUUGAGAGCUCUAGAGCAUUUGAGUCUGAGGAAUAUGCAGAAAGAACAUCAUCAGCCCUUGGCAGGAUAAUGAUGCUAGAUCUUGUCAUCAGAAAUGAAGAUAGACUCCCCUGCCGCCAACUUAGAUGGCGUGGGAACUCUGCAAAUUUGUUAUUGACUGAAAAGAUGAUCUCUGCAAGUACGGAUACAAUGGGAGAAUCUUUUGAUUCUGCUAUGAACCGAUAUGGAUUGAGAGUGAGUAAGACAUUUAAAAAAGAAAAAAGGUCAACCUCAGUAGACAGCAGAUUGGAUUCUCAUAAUCCUGGAUUAGUAUCACAAGGCUCUGGUCUUCCAGACAUCAUAGAAUCAUCAAUACCCAUUGACAUCAUGAGUCUUACAAGUCAAACGUCAGUAGAAUCAAUGCUUCCUGACUUUAACAUUGUGGCUAUUGAUUCUGGUGUUCCUCGCCGACCCCCUGCUGGAAAACGUGCAGAUGAUCAUGUUAAUUAUCCUAAGUUGGUUGAGUUAAUACUCAAUAGUUCUGAGUUUUCCUCUAACCUGUUACAUGAUAUAACUGGAGGGAGAUUAGGAUGUGCUGCCCCAGAAGAUGCAAAUACUAUAACUGAUAUUCAUGCUGGAAAUGUAACAUCGGUAGUUCAUGAGUUCCGCAGCGGUUUCCGUGCUGCUCUAAGAGAUCUACAGGGAUUCCAUAUAUUCCUACUAACACUUCACCAAAAACUUGAUAACUUAUUAAGAUCAUUUAUGAAUGCUAUAGGCAAAAUAUCAUCAGGGGAGUCUGAAAAGGAGGAUGCAGUGGUUCCGCACUCACCUUCACCAGUUGCUGCUGGUAAUUGUCCCUCUCCAACUAUUAAGGAAAGGUUUUCUAAUGAUAUCCAUCACGAUUAUAGUGAUUCAGAAUCCCAGAGAACUGCUCCAAGGGCAUCAUCAUCUUCAGUCAAUAGAGAUUGCUGUGACUCUGCUUCUCCUGGGUCAAGAGAAGGUUGGCAUGGAAAGCACAGUAAAGGAAGUGGGGAGUCACUUCGUGGUCUCCGCUUGACAGUUAAGCUCCGUGAUUUGCAUAAAUUUGCCAAGGUUGACUCUGAAUCUAAUAAAGAAUUAGAACAAUGGAAUGAAAUGCUUAAAAAUGAUGCAGUCAAGUUAUGCCAGGAGAACAAUUUCAACCCAGGAUUUUUUGAGGGCAGUGAUAACAACACUGCUGUUGAUGCAUAUGAACUGAAGGUUAGACUUGAGCAUAUCCUUGAGAGGAUUACAUUGAUAUCCGAGGCUGCAAACACAGAGAGACCAUCUGCUGUUACAAAUAGUCUGUUCAUUGGUGGAGCACUGGCUGCAAGAUCUACAUACACACUACAACACUUGGGAAUCACACAUAUUUUAUGCUUGUGUACAAAUGAAAUUGGUCAAUCGGAUUCUCAGUUUCCUGAUCUAUUCACUUACAAAAAUUUCUCUGUGUGUGACAAUGAAGAUUCUAACAUCAGCAGCAUAUUUGAAGAGGCUUGUGAUUUUAUAGAUUAUGUUGAGCAAACUGGUCAGAGUGUUUUAGUUCAUUGCUUUGAGGGGAGAAGCAGAAGUGCCACUUUGGUCCUUGCUUACCUGAUGUUGAGGAAGAAAUUCACUUUAUUAGAAGCAUGGAAUGCUCUGAAACGAGUUCAUCGUCGAUCACAGCCCAAUGAUGGUUUUGCAAAGAUCUUACUGGAACUGGACCAGAAACUGCAUGGGAAGGUUUCAAUGGAGUGGCAACAAAGGAAACCAAUGAUGAAAAUUUGCCCUAUUUGUGGCAAGAAUGCUGGAUUAAGCAGCAGCUCGCUUAAACUCCAUCUUCAAAAAUCACAUAAAAAGUUGUCAUCAGGGAGUGUAGAUAGUGCCAUGACAAUGGAGAUCCAGAAGGCUUUAACAGCUUUGAAGGUUAGCCGUGGUGGAAGUGUCAGUCCCACACAAAAACAGUCUCAUUCAAUGAUAGAUGGAUAGAUUGCUCUUGCAAAUGUUGAGGAACAUUCAUUUAAGAUUUUGUUUUCAUGUUAGAAAUAUAUUGGGACAAAAUUUAAGCAACAUAAGCAGCUAUAGGAGUGUGAGUAAAAUAGCAGUUUUGAAGUGGGAUUGAUUGCUUAGUUUAGUUAGUGGCAAGAUUUAAUGUAGUUAGAUACUUGGGUUUGAUUUCUUGUUGAAUAUAUAAAAAAAAAAUGUUAAGAGAGACAAAACUUACUUGGUUGAUCUCUACCUCUUGUAAAGAAAUAGUUUUUUAAUUAUUGAUUUGAAAGACAAAAAAAAAGAAACUUU